CUCGGCAUGCAGGAAGCAAGCGUUUGCCAGUUUUCGAGAAACGUGAAAAUAAACAUUGGAGUCGAAGACGUGCGUGAUCGUGCCGAAAACAGUUUUUGCGUAAUAUCUAAUAAAUCAGAAUGUUUCUCACAAAUCUUCUACUGAAGAAAGCGAAAAGCAAGAAUGUCCUGGUGCUGAUGGAAAGUGCCGUCAGUGGUCAUCAGUUCCUGAAGAUUCGCGAACGAUUGGCCGAUAAGCUGGAGAUGAUCCGGUUCGAUCCAUACAUUCAACGAAACAGUCUGUACAAGGAACGUAAGCGUGUAAGGAGCUUGAAUUAGUAACUGUAUGGAUUGGAUGUAAUAUAUAAGCGUUAUUCUGCUUAUA